ACCGAGAGAAAGUGGCGGUCAGGGAUGGAGCUGCUGCCAUGACAACCCCGGCGGUCGGGGCCCGCGCGCGUCGGGGCUGCUCCCGGGAGGAAGGCGGCGCGGAGGCCGGGGGCGGCCGCUGAGCUUGGCGUCCGCGGCUCCGGUCUGCGCUUCGCCUUCUACAGCGAGCCAGAGAACAGGCGAGGAACUGCCACGGUCCGCCCUGCCGGGCCGCUCCAACCUCGCUGCUGCGCUGCAGAGACUGCCCAGGCUGCGGCGCGCAUCUGGGUUCUGAGGAAGUUGACCGAGGCUCUGCGGCAGGAUUCCGGAGUCCGGAUUGCACGAAGCCGGCUUAGCUGAAGCCUCCUCGCACCAUCCGUGCCGCCUCUUGCGUGCUCUACUUUCCAUCUGCUAUUGUUCCAGAUUGUUACUGGCGGCGAGCCUUGCUCGGAAACUUAAGAAAGUGCUGAAUUUUCCCUUGUUCGACUGAGGAAUCGCAGACCACAUCUGGAUAGCUGGAUGCAACCCAGCCACAGCCCUGUUGGAUACCAAAGUGCUUACUCCUGUCCAAAGUGCCAUGCCUGAACUGCUAUAGGAAAGAGGCAGCUCCUGAGUCCGGCACCUGAGCGCCUGCUUGCCUGCCUUGCGCUGGUCCUUCCUGUUCACCUUCCUGGCCACAGGCAACACGGGGAAAGUCCGCCUCGGAUGUGUGCCGUGGAAACUGGUUCUUGAAGGCUGGCAAGCUGAGGCUGGAUCUGAGGGAGGAAUAUUAGACUUAGAGGAGUCUGCGCGCUUUCCUCCUCCCAGUGCAUCGCGCGGUCGCCGCUAGUUCAUCGCUGGGUCCCCGCGCUCACUCCCUACCCCACCCACUUCCUGUGCUCGCCCGGGGGGCGUGUGCGUGCUGCUGCCGGAGUUCUGGGAAGUUGUGGCUGUCGAGAAUGGGGGUCUGUGGGUACCUGUUCCUGCCCUGGAAGUGCCUCGUGGUCGUGUCUCUCAGGCUGCUGUUCCUUGUACCCACAGGAGUGCCGGUGCGCAGCGGAGAUGCCACCUUUCCCAAAGCUAUGGACAACGUGACGGUCAGGCAGGGGGAGAGCGCCACCCUCAGGUGUACAAUUGACAACCGAGUCACCCGGGUGGCUUGGCUAAACCGCAGUACCAUCCUCUAUGCUGGAAAUGACAAGUGGUGCCUAGAUCCUCGUGUGGUCCUCCUGAGUAACACCCAGACCCAGUACAGCAUUGAGAUCCAGAAUGUGGAUGUGUAUGACGAGGGCCCUUAUACCUGUUCGGUACAGACAGACAACCACCCUAAGACCUCCAGGGUCCACCUCAUUGUACAAGUAUCUCCCAAAAUUGUAGAGAUUUCUUCAGAUAUCUCCAUCAAUGAAGGGAACAACAUCAGCCUCACUUGCAUAGCCACAGGUAGACCGGAGCCUACAGUAACCUGGAGACAUAUUUCUCCCAAAGCUGUCGGCUUUGUGAGUGAAGAUGAGUACCUGGAAAUUCAGGGCAUCACUCGGGAGCAGUCAGGGGACUACGAAUGCAGUGCUUCCAAUGAUGUGGCGGCACCAGUGGUACGGAGAGUGAAGGUCACCGUGAACUACCCACCAUACAUCUCAGAAGCUAAGGGCACAGGUGUCCCCGUGGGGCAGAAGGGGACACUGCAAUGUGAAGCCUCAGCAGUCCCUUCAGCAGAAUUCCAAUGGUUCAAGGAUGACAAGAGACUGGUUGAAGGAAAGAAGGGAGUCAAAGUGGAAAACAGACCUUUCCUCUCAAAGCUUAUCUUUUUCAACGUCUCUGAACAUGACUACGGGAACUACACGUGUGUGGCCUCCAACAAGUUGGGCCAUACCAAUGCCAGCAUCAUGUUAUUUGAAGUGAAAACUACCGCCCUGACCCCUUGGAAAGGCCCGGGUGCUGUCAGUGAGGUGAACAAUGGGACAUCAAGGAGGGCAGGCUGCAUUUGGCUCCUCCCUCUUCUGGUCUUACACCUGCUCCUCAAAUUUUGAUGUGAGUGCCCCUUCCCUGCUGGGGAGAGCUGCCGCCACUGCAUCUCAAUACUACGACAGCGACAAGUCAGAAUCCAAUGACAUUCAGAGAAUCACGGCCAAGGGGACAGAAAUUCGAGGGAGGGGAACAAAGAAUACUGUGGGAGAGGAAAAAAAAUUAAAAAAGGAAAUUUGAAAAUUGCCUUGCAGAUAUUUAGGUACCACUGAGUUUUCUUUCUUUUCCCAAAUGGGAAGAAGGCACACCUGGCUUGGACCCACCCACAAGCUGCACUGUGUGACCUCUCUGUUGCCAGGGUGGGCAAGGGCUCAGCCACUCUGCCCACUAAAGUGCCCCACCAUGGAACCUUCUGGAGUCGGCCAUCCCCAAAUUCCAUCGGUCCGUAGAGACAAGCACAGAGUGAGAAACAGGGGCCUGGAUGUGCCGCAGAGGGCCCUUUGGUGGGCUGCGCCAUGGUGGCAUGUAUCAUGAAGUGUGAAAUCUGAAGAAAAAAACAAAAAGACAAUGACAAAAAAAAAAAAAGAAAGAAAAGGAAACAAGACAGCCUGACAGCACCAUAAUCCCACAAGCGACAGUCACAAAAUAUAUCGUUAAACUUUUGGUUUUUUUUUUUUUCAUUUUACCACAUGGACAUCACGGAUAAUAAGGGAUUCUGAUUCAUUAUUAAUUUUAUUAAUUAUAUUUUCUGAUAUGAGUCUAGAGCUUAGUGCGUAAGCAAGAGACAAAACUAAAAAUACACAGGAGAGGGGUGAAGAGAAGCGUGUUUAUUAAGCAUUAAAAGCAAAUAGUGUACUUUUUACUAGGUUUACAACUGGUGGACCCCACACCAGGUACUAACCACCUGGUGAGGAUUUGGCAAAUCCACCAGAAACACAUCUGACUUAACAAACACCUCCACCAGCGCUACGGACUCCUCCUCAUUCUGACAUUUCAUGCAGACAGUACUAUGCUGUCUACACACUGCUUAGAAACGGAAGGUUGAUCUGCACUCUAUCUUGGUUUGUUGGCUAUGCUUCUUUUGACGACAUAUAUUAUACAGUAUAUAUAAAUAUAUAUACAUAUAUUUUUUUUGUUAGAGUUCUAGCCAUUUUGUUUCUCAGCAGGGUCCUUUCUCAGACAUUACUGCAUGCUGUAUAUGGCGUUAGCUGUGUGUUGACCUUCUAAAAGAUGAUAGAGUUUACUGGUAAUUGUGUAAUCAGCUCCCUUCCUUCUUUUUUUCUUGGGUUAUUUACAUGUCAGAGACAUUUCUAAAGAGCGGAAAGGACAACAGAAACAAUCACUAAUAUCAGGCGCAGCGUCUUUCCAGGUGUGGCUCUCUGAGGCGGAGGCCGCCAGCUUGGCUUCUCCAUCACACCUUGGGGCAUUAACGGACGGCAAGCAACCGGACCAACUAAACCAACCGUCAGCAAUCACUUGCUUUAGCCCAUUGCGGGAAUCCCUGAUGCCUUUGUGACUACUGGAGAACUUAAUCCUCUUGGUUUAUUUUAUUUAAUUUUCCACCUUCGUGUGAGUGUGUAUGAAAGAGAAGAAAAACGCAGUUUUUAGGUAACCAUUUUUUUCCUUCCCCGAAGUCUGGGGACCGGAGAGGCCUCGGGGAGGGGUCCUGGAUGUGAUGAGGGAAAGUGGGAUUGGGGGAGAGGGGAGGGAUGGGUUGUCUCUGACUUGACAUUAAAAAGUGUUCCAUGUCCCUCUUCA